GAGGAGCAAGGUGAGAAAAGUCACUCCUGCUCCUACAAAACCUUCUGCUAGGAUCUUCUCCACAAGCACAAAGCCCAUGGUGGCCCACUUCACCACUGAAGAUCUGGAAGAGAAGAUCGAGCCAAACCUGGAGAAAUGGCUGUGGGGGAAAGGAGAAAGGGAUGAGCCAAGUGAGUCAGAAUGCCCUCCACUGGGUUUGGAGAGUCUAAGAGUGAUAGAUGCCCAGCUACAGGCCUCGUCAUAUAAACGCAGAGGUCUUGGACCCCAUCGUGGACGACUGAACAUCCAGUCUGGUAUUGAGGACGGGGACAAUUACGAUGGAGCUUGGUGUGCAUUGCACGAAGACAAGAAACAGUGGUUUCAGGUGGAUGCUUUGAGAGCCACUCGCUUUACGGGGGUCAUCGUCCAGGGCCGCAAUUCCAUUUGGAGCUGGAAUUGGGUGGAAAGCUUCAAGGUGCAGUUCAGUAACGACUCUCUCAGCUGGACGCCCUGCAUGAAUGGGACACAACAAGCGGUGUUUGAGGGGAAUCGAGACACCGACACUCCAGUGCUGGCCGUCUUUCCUGACCCUGUGGUCGCGCGGUUCAUUCGGAUCAACCCGCAAACCUGGUUUAAAAAUGGAACCAUCUGCUUACGUGCAGAAGUUCUUGGCUGUGCGCUACGGGACCCAAAUAACAUUUUUCAAGAGCUAGUGGAAGAGGAAACACGGGACAAACUGGACUUCAGACAUCACAAUUACAAGGAAAUGAGGAAGCUGAUGAGGUCCGUGAACGAGGCUUGUCCGGACAUCACGCGCAUCUACAGCAUCGGAAGGAGCCACAUGGGCCUGAAGCUGUAUGUGAUGGAGAUCUCGGAUAACCCUGGCAAGCACGAGCUGGGUGAGCCGGAGUUCCGUUACGUGGCAGGGAUGCACGGGAACGAGGUUCUGGGCCGAGAGCUGCUGUUGAACCUGAUGCAGUACAUCUGUCAGGAAUACAAACAGGGCAACCAGCGUGUAGUCCAUCUGGUUAAAGAGACUCGCAUCCAUCUGCUGCCCUCUAUGAACCCUGACGGCUACGAGAUGGCCUACAAGAAGGGAUCCGAGCUAGCCGGCUGGGCUCUGGGGCGUUUCAGUUACAAAGGCUACGACAUGAACAACAACUUCGCCAAUCUGAACUCCGUGAUGUGGGACGCCAUGGAGCUGGAGACGGACAAGUCCAAACUCAUUAACCAUUACAUCCCCAUUCCCAAACAGUACACAUCAAAGGACGCUUUGGUUGCCCCGGAGACGCGUGCUGUGAUCAGCUGGAUGCAGUCCAUUCCCUUCGUACUGAGCGCCAACCUGCACGGCGGUGAGCUGGUGGUCACGUACCCAUUCGACAUGGCGCGUGACUGGGCUGCUCGCGAACACACCCCCACCCCGGACGACAGCUUCUUCCGCUGGCUCGCCACCGUCUACGCCAGCACCAACCACGCCAUGUCCAAUCCACACCGACGGCCAUGCCACAACAAGGACUUCACUCGGCAAAACAACAUCGUCAACGGCGCUAACUGGCACACGGUGCCAGGCAGCAUGAACGACUUUAGCUACCUGCACACCAACUGUUUCGAGGUGACUGUGGAGCUGUCAUGUGAUAAAUUCCCUCAUACCAACGAGCUGCCUAUCGAGUGGCGGAACAACAGAGAGUCGCUGCUGGUCUACAUGGAGCAGGUCCAUCGAGGCAUUAAAGGAGUCAUAAAGGACAAAGACACCAAGGCUGGAAUUGCAGACGCCAUCGUUAAAGUGGACAACAUUGACCAUCACAUCCGAUCCGCAUCCGAAGGGGAUUACUGGCGUCUCCUGAACCCCGGGGACUAUGAGGUGACAGUGAUGGCAGAUGGAUACGUGCCGGUCACACGCUCCUGCAGGGUGGAAUACGAAUACUACCCGACCAUCUGCGACUUCAGAUUGUCCAGAAUCGUCAAACCAAGGCUGCGUGAGAUCCUCGUCAAGAAGAGGAAGAUCCCCAAAGAGCUCCAGCUCCGACUGCGUCAGCUGCGUCUGCGCAAACGGGAGAGAAACGCAAAACAGCAUGUUAGUGAUAUUUGACCUAUGUCUGGAAGUCAAGUUAUUAAAAUAACAAAAAUGAAAGAUGAAGCCCUUAUAUUCACAACUGUGCGUUAUUUCACGUAAGAAUGAUUUAUUCUAUUUCCAAAGGAAAUUUUUGUAGCUUUAUUGCAUUGUUUAAUGAUAAUUUCAUGUAAAAUUUAACAUGAACAGAUAAAUGUCACUUAUA